AUGACUCCUCGCAGGUCGAGUACGACUGGCCUCAAGGACGACGAAGUGUCAAGAGAUGGAGAACCACAUGUCGUUGUACCGCCAGACAUUGACCACCGGAUCAAACGCAAACUCGACCGUCGGGUGUUGCCAAUAGUCUGCUGCCUCUAUGUCCUGUCUUAUCUCGACCGCGGUAACAUAGGCAAUGCCAAAACUGCCGGCGCCCAAGACUCUCUUGGUCUUAGCUCCUCUCAAUGGUCUUGGGUUCUAAACGCCUUCUACAUCGCGUACAUCCUGUUCGAAUGGACGACAAUGUUUUGGAAGAUUUUUCCCGCUCACAUUUACGUAUCAUGUCUAUGUAUAUGCUGGGGUACGGCUGCUAUGUGCUCGGGUGCGGCGAACAACAUGGCCGAAUUAGUGGUUACACGCGUUUUUCUAGGCGUAUUUGAGGCCACAUUUGGUGCUGGAGCUCCGUACUUCUUGUCUUGUAUCUAUAAGCGAAGCGAGCUGGGACUUCGAAUGUCUAUCCUGUUGGGCAUGUCGCCAUUGGCAAACACUUUUGCUUCAAGUCUGGCAUAUGGAAUAACUCAUAUUAAAGGAUCUUUGGAGGCAUGGCGUUGGCUAUUCAUCAUAGAGGGUGCCCCGACAAUACUUUUCGCCCCGGUGGUCUACUUCUUCCUCAUCGACUCACCAUCGACAGCCAAGUUCUUCAAUGAGGAUGAAAGAAAACUCGCUGUUCAACGAUUACAACUCCAAGACAAUACGUCGAAGGAAGCUGUCAGCUGGAAGCAGAUCGUGGCAGGAAUGCUCGACUAUAAGAAUUACAUCCACGCCAUCAUGCAUUUCUGCUGUAACUUCUCUUUUGCUGCUUUGUCCAACUUUCUACCUACCAUUGUCAAAAACAUGGGUUACGAUUCAAUUACCGCGCAAGGUCUCACCGCUCCAGCCUACUUCGCUGCGUUCCUUUGUUGCAUCGCAGCUGCUUUCUUCUCGGAUAAGUACGGAUGUCGUGGGUAUAUCGUAGCAUCAUUUGCUGCAAUGGGUACUAUCGGCUAUGGUAUGCUUGCUGGUGUUCAAGACAUGGAAAAGACUGGCCCCAGAUAUGCCGGAGUAUGGCUUGCUGCUUGUGGAAUUUUUCCUGCUCUUGCCAUGAAUAUUACUUGGCUUCUGAAUAAUCAGGGAGGAGACUCAAAGAAGGGAGCCGGCCUUGCCAUUUCACUAAUCAUUGGACAAUGUUCAUCUCUGAUAAGUAGCACCGUGUUCCCGAAAGAAGAUGCUCCGUUCUUUACUACAGGUUGCGCAAUUGGCUGUGGCAUGAGUGGGCUUGUGGUUGUUUUGGCUCUGUUCAUGCAUUUUGCAUUGAAGAGGGAGAAUAAGCGCAGAGACACGCUGUACGGGUCGGUGGAUGCGAACGCUGAGAUUGAUGUCUCGGAGCAGGGCGACAACAAUCGGCAGUUCCGGUACAUGACCUAG